ACUAUCUUAAGGAUGAGGAUUUAUUAAAAGAAUCUUAUUCAAAUUUAAGUAUUAAUUCUUCAAUUGAAAAUGACAAAAUAAAAACUGCUGAAAUUAUUGAUGAAAAAUAUAAUGAUUCUUUAUUUGAUAUUAUAUUUAAUUAUUUAUUUUAUUUUCAUUUGAUUUUAUUAAACAAUUAUUAAUUGAAGAACAUCAUAUUAUUGAAUAUGAACUUGAAUAUGGAUUUUUACGUUUAUCAUCUCAAACAAGACAAAGACUUAAUAUUGAAGUUUUACUACUUAGAUUAGAUUUGACAAAUAAUAGAUGUUUUGAUGGUGGUGUAAAUCGAUGUUAUGCUUGA